GUGUGCAGCAGAAAAGCAUAGUGGUGCAGUGGAGUUCACCACAGUUCUCUGAAGAGAGCAGAGCUAUCCAACACACCUUCAGAUAGGCUCCAUUUCUCUUUGGACUGGUAUCUCAGCCCUACAACUUGAGAACUAUGGAUUUGACCUCUGGGGUAGAGAAGAUGUGGUCAGCGGCUGUAGUAGGGAAGGGUGCAACGUGUCUGUCAUGUAAAGGGAUCUGCUCUGGAUUCCUCCCCCAUUCCUGGAGAAAAGCCUGUACCCAGUGUGGGUGCGGUGUGGAAGACCACGGUCACAGCUCAGACCUGGAGGACGAUCACAAGAUGGGUCGUCUCCUCGCCAACUCCAAAUACGUCCACCUGACAGCCAAGGUGAAGGGCAUCCGAGUGUACAAACGUAACCGUAUGGUCAUCACCAACCCUGUGGUGUCCAGGAAGGACCCCACCUUCAACACCAUCACCUACGACUGGGCACCGCCAGGACUCACACAGAAACUGGCCAUGCUGUAUAUGGAGUUGCUCCCAGAAGAAAAGCGUCCUGUAGCAGGGACUGAGGGAGCGAUGUACCGGCGCAGGCAGCUGAUGAGACAGCUGCCUGUCUACGAUCAGGACCCCUCCCAGUGCCACGGGCCACUACCAGAGGAUCAGCUCCAGGCCAUGUCUGUCUUCAUGAAGCGCUACAAAGAGGAGGCUCUAGGAGUAGGGGAGGUGGCGCUGCCUGGGGAGGGAGGCGCUAACCCUCCGCCCAUCGUCAAAGGAGAAAAGCAGAAGGAAGGAACUGGGAAUGGGCAGGCCACCAAUGUCCAGCCAGACCCUGUUGAUACUCCUACCACCAAUGGGACUGACUGCUGUAAAAGUGAAUAUCAUUGCAGUGGUUGCGGGGAGCUCGCCCCCCUUGACAGUCCUGUGGUGUAUGCAGAGUGGGCGGGCUACGACAAGCAGUGGCACCCGACCUGCUUCGUGUGUUCAGAGUGUGGAGAGGCUCUGGUGGAUCUAGUGUACUACUGGAGGGAGGGAGAGCUGCUCUGUGGAAGACACUACUGCCAGAGGACCAGACCACGCUGUUCGGGAUGUGAUGAGCUGAUCUUCUGUGAGGACUACAAGAAGGAGGCAGAUGGCCGGGCGUGGCACCAGGACCAUUACUGCUGCUGGCGGUGUGGCCAGAGUCUCGACAGCCCCUGUUCCUGUCCCCAAACACCCAGCCCCAAGCCUGUUUAGGCCCUCCGUAACCAAGACCGCUUCUGACAGUUCCUGUCCCCAAACACCCAGCCCAGUUUGCCAGGCCCAUGCUCUUUACACCAAACACCAAGACUGGUUUAGACUCUCCCCUUUACACACCCACCAGCAAACUCAUUACACCAAGGCUGGCCAUCUUCUAGAGAUAAAAUCACAUAUGUAUAUGAUAAUGUCACUGAGCUAACCCUUCUCUCGGGGACCUACAGUACCCCUGCAGGAUUUCCAUUCAUUUCCUUUUUAAACCUUUAAAGUCCUCUGAUUGGUUGUGAACUAAGGGCUCUUCCUUAGAGGCUGAAACGCAUACAUGACUAGUCAUGGGUGCCAUGUUAGAAUGCUAACUAGCUUAUAUUGGCUAAGUAUCAGGUAGUCAAUAGGAAGGGUUAUCUCGGGAGGUUCACCACUAUACAUUAUCCAGAAAAACACUCCAGAAAUACACUAUAUAUACAAAUGUAUGUGGACAACCCAUUCAAAUGAGUGGAUUCGGCUAUUUCAGCCACACCCGUUGCGGACAGGUGUAUAAGCACACAGCCAUGCAAUCUCCAUAGACAAACAUUGGCAGUAGAAUCACCUUAUUGAAGAGCUCCGUGACUUUCAAUGUGGCAUUGUCAUAAGAUGCCACCUUUCCAACAAGUCAGUUCGUAAAGUUUCUGCCCUGCUAAAGCAGGUCAAUUGUAAGGGCUGUUACUGUGAAGUGGAAAUGUCUAGGAGCAAAAACGGCUCAACUGCGAAGUGGUAGGGCUCACAGAACAGGACCUCUGAAAAUCGUCUGUCCUCGGUUGCUACACUCACUACCGAGUUCCAAACUGCCUCUUGUAGCAACAUCAGCACAAUAACUGUUCGGCGGGAGCAUCAUGAAAUGGGUUUCCAUGGCCGAGCAGCCGCACACAAGCAUCACCAUGAGCAAUGCCAAGGGUCAGCUGUAGUGGUGUAAAGCUCACUGCCAUUGGACCCUGGAGAAAUGGAAAUGUGUUCUCUGGAGUGAUGAAUCACACUUCACCAUCUGGCAGUCAGACGGACGAAUCUGGGUUUGGUGGAAGCCAGGAGAACGCUAUCUGCCCGACUGCAUAGUGCCAACUGUAAAUGGUCUAGGGCUGUUUUUCAUGGUUCAGGCCCCUUAGUUCCCGUGAAGGGAAAUCUUAACGCUACAGCAUACAAUGACAUUCUAGAUGAUUCUGUGCUUCCAACUUUGUGGCAACAGUUUGGGGAAGGCCCUUCACUGUUUUAGUAUGACAAUGUCCCCGUGCACAAAGCGAGGUCCAUACAGAAAUAGUUUGUUGAGAUCGUGAGGAAGAACUUGACUGGCCAGCACAGAGCCCUGACCUCAACCCCAUCAAACUCCUUUGGGAUGAAUUGGAACGCUGACUGUGAACCAGGCCUAAUCGCCCAAGAUCAGUGGCCGACCUAACUAAUGCUCUUGUGACUGAAUGGAAGCAAGUCCCUGCAGCAAUAUUCCAACAUCUAGUGGAAAGCCUUCCCAGAAGAGUGGAGGCUGUUAUAGCAGCAAUAUUCCAACAUCUAGUGGAAAGCCUUCCCAGAAGAGUGGAGGCUGUUAUAGCAGCAAUAUUCCAACAUCUGGUGGAAAGCCUUCCCAGAAGAGUGGAGGCUGUUAUAGCAGCAAAUGGGGGGGGGACAAACUCUAUAUUAAUGCUCAUGAUUUUGGAAUGAGAUGUUGGACGAGCAGGUGUCCACAUACUUCUGGUAGUGUUUCCUUGUUAUGUGUGCUCUUCUCAGUGAGCCUCCGUCUAUUGCAUUCUAGUACUUUAUGCACUGACUCAAUGAUUAUCAUCAACAGUCUCCACCUCCCUCACAUUGCAGCAGGGUGGAAAAUGUACCCAAUUUUCAUACUUGAGUAGAAGUGAAGAUGCCUUAAUAGAAAAUGACUCAAGUAAUCGUGAAAGUCACCCAAUAAAAAUACUACUUGAAUAAAAGUAUUUGGGUUUUAAAUAUACUUAAGUAUCACAAGUAAAUGUAAUUUAUAAAAUAUACUUAAGUAUCAAAAGUAUAAAUCAUUUCAAAUUCCUUAUAAAGCAGACCAGAUAUUUUCUUGUUUAAUUACAGAGAGCCAGGGGCAAACUCCAACAUUCAGACAUCAUUUACAAAGGAAGCAUGUGUGGUUAGUGAGUCCUCCAGAUCAGAGGCAGUAGGGAUGACCAGGGAUGUUCUCUGUUUAGUGAGUCCUCCAGAUCAGAGGCAGUAGGGAUGACCAGGGAUGUUCUCUGUUUAGUGAGUCCUCCAGAUCAGAGGCAGUAGGGAUGACCAGGGAUGUUCUCUGUUUAGUGACUCCUCCAGAUCAGAGGCAGUAGGGAUGACCAGGGAUGUUCUCUGUUUAGUGAGUCCUCCAGAUCAGAGGCAGUAAGGUUGACCAGGGAUGUUCUCUGUUUAGUGAGUCCUCCAGAUCAGAGGUAGUAGAGAUGACCAGGGAUGUUCUCUGUUUAGUGAGUCCUCCAGAUCAGAGGCAGUAGGGAUGACCAGGGAUGUUCUCUUGAUGAUUGUGUGAAUUAGAACAUCUUCCUGUCCAGCUCAGCAUUCAAAAUGUAACGAGUACUUUUGGGUGUCAGGGGAAAAUGUAUGGAGUAAAAAUUACAUACUUUUACUUCACUACAUUCCUAAAGAAAACAAUAACUAGGCAAGUCAGUUAAGAACAAAUUCUUAUUUACAAUGACGGCCUAACCCCCCCUGUCACAGUUGUAGAUAAAAAUGUAUUUCUGCCUCUCAGUCAUGAGGUUGUGUAUCUUUAUGACGUGAUGAAACAAUUUUAAGAAGAUAUUAAUGUUAGAGAAAUGUUAUUUCUUUGUAGAGCUCCACCUCCACUCUCGUGUAGUUUUGCUUCCUUUAAGAAUGGUCCUAAUGAUCAUUACAGUCCAGAGCUGAAAGAAGGUAAUUAGCCUGAUGUGGAUCUAUUUUAAAGAUCAAAGACACAAACUUCUGAACCAGAGAGGAAGUAAGUCUUGCCAGAGGUCUAAAAUGUUCUAACAGGCUUUGUCUCGCUUGCCCUCUUAUAUGCCUAUAUUACACACACACACACACACACACACACACACACACACACACACAGUGGUUGUGGGUAGAGAAUAUAGAGUAGUUAGCAGACCUGGGAUGAUGUAGAGCAGUUAGCAGACCUGGCAUGAUGUAGACCUGGGAUGAUGUAGUUAGUAGAUCUGGGCUGUGUCCCAAAUGGCACCCUGUUCCCUUUAGAUGGCUCUAAAGUAGUGCACUAUGUAGGGAAUAGGGUGCCAGCCCUGGUCUAACGUACUGCACUAUAUAGGGAAUAGGGUGCCAUUUGGGAACCAGAUUUUUUGUUCAUAAAACUGGAAUUAAGUGGUAGACACCUGGAAUUCCCCAAAGCAGAAUAUAUAUUUUUUUUAAAUAAAAUUUUUAAUAAAUUCUCCAAUUUUUAUUUCUUAGUUAUUUGACUGCUCUAUCAGGUUUUAGGAUCAUAAUAUGUUCUGAUUUUGUUUUCUCCAGGAGUGUUCGUAUGGAUAUGGACUAAAACGAACAACUGUGUCUUGGAUGGGCUUCUGCUUUCAGAAAUGCUUCUGAUAUGUAAUAGUAGUAUAAUUUAAAGUAAUCUAAAGCAGUUUUUGUUGAAACUUUAGUUCUAUGGUUAGUUAUCUUGUUAGAUAAGAAAGUUAAUAUGUUGUGGUGUUUGUUUUAAAACAGUAGGUGACUGUGAGCUCUUUUUUGCAAUUUGACAAUGAGUACGUUGACAUGCACACUAAUAAUCUGAUAUUAAAUUGAUUAUGGUAGAAGGCAGAGUAUGGCGUUAGUCAUGUAAACGCCUUAUUCUGCUUAUCUUAAUUAAUCAGCGGAAAAAUCCAAGUAAGCAAUACACCGAUGUUCAGAAAACCAGGUGUUUAAAAAAAAAAUCUUUCAAAUAUUUAGUAAACUGUUUAAUCGGUGUCCCAGGGGUGUAUUUGAGUGGCACGUGUGCCAACAUCAGCAACGCAAGCCUCCCUCUUUUAUGUGCGAGUAAAGUCUGUGUAAAGUGAGUUGGUGAAAAACUGAAUGUACAUGUUUUUAUAAAUAGUUAUCGCAUACAUCUCAUAUGUCCCGAACUCGGAAUCAAAUCAAAUAGUCGUCACAAAGUAACAUUGUCACUGUGGCGAAACGUUUUAUUUUGACUUUUGAAAAAUGCAGAAAAUUGACAGACUGAUUGCAGAGAUGUUUCUUCUUGUAUGUUUUAAACGAUUUAUAUUAACCUGAUUUUCCCAAAUAAUAAUGUCAUUAUUGUUUGCAUGUGAUCGUGCUCAAUAUUUGCCUUGUAGAAGUAUAUUUUGUAAAAAAAAAUUAAUGUACUUUCUUAUUACCUCUCUACAUAUAGUAAGUAUAUUUUCUCUUGGUUUGUAUUUUUAUUAUAGAUAAUAAAACUUUUGAUCUUUA